CACGCCGCACACGGAGCCUCACUCUGAGCUGCAAACAGCUCACAUGGCGAACAAGAAGUAAAUGUUGAUAAAACUUGAGGUCAAUGGCUUCAAAGAAAAGUGGUUUGGAUGAUGCCAAAAAGAGGAUCCAGGGAAAACUAUCUGAUAUUUCAGAACAAGUUAAAAUUUUGCAAGAAAUAAUAAAUUCUGCGAAAGAUGAGGCAGAAAAAGCAGGUGCAGAUCUUCUACAGCUGAAAAGCAAAACUAAAUUCUUUCAAAAGUUCCCGACUGUGAGUCAAAAACUGGAUGGAAGUUUAACUCGUUUGUUACUUAUCAAGGAUGCCAUUUACUCCCUUGAUGAAGAAAACUCAGCUUCUGGUGAUUCAGAAGAUGGAUAUAGCAAUAUUGAAACACAUUCAGAAGCAUCUACCCAUCUAGCAGCAUCAGUUGUAACAGGCGUGGAGACAGUUGUAACAGGCAUUGAGAUAAUUGUAAAGGAAAAAGAGUCUGAUAAAGAUGUUCCUUCUAUCUUAAAAGAAAAGCCUGUUGUGCAAGAUGUUGCAAAAGAACAGAGGUCUCAGCAGGUAAAAGAGAAGAAACAGCAAGUAGAAAAAAACUCGGAUUCAGUUGUUGCAUAUGUUGCAAAAGAACAGAGGCCUCAGCCAGAGCCAGUACAAGAGGAGAAACAGCAAGUAGAAAAUAAACUGGACCCAGUUGAUGAAGAUUUUAAAGGCCAAAAAUUGAAAGAACUGAUAUCUGCCAACUAUGCUCCUUCAGAGGACAGUAGCACUGCAGAAGCCCCUUCCAGAAAGGCCCAGAGAAGUUUGUCCAUUUCACCCCUGCCGCCUGUGUUCCAAAGAGUUAUUGCUGAUGAUGUCAAAGUCCCGAAACCCGUUAUUAAAUACGAUACAGCUUUAACCCUACUUGUACCAGAAAAUAACACUCCUUGGGAUUUCUAUGUACAGAUUUUUGGCAAUGCGUAUGAUCAAUUGAUGGAAGAGUUAUGCCUAUAUUUCUCAAGGCAAGCCAGUCAGGGAUAUAGAGGAGGUAUCAUCAAUAUACCGUCUCCUGGAUGUUAUUGCUGUGCAAAGUCACCCAUUGACGGAACUUGGUAUAGAGCGCAAGUCAUGGAUGUCAAGUCAAUAGAUUCAACUGAAAACCCAAUCAACACGGACUACUGCCCAUCGGAGAGUGCCAUGAGCUGUUACGAGGACCCCAUUCUGAAUAAUUUCAAAGCAAAAGUGUUUUUAAUUGACGAAGGCAUUACCAACGACGUUCCUCUGAAAAACUUAAGACCAUUGGAUCCACAGUUCAGUCAGUUACCUGCUCAAGCAAUCCAUUGUAUGCUUGCUGGAGUUGGACCGGCAGAGGAUGAAACGCUUUCAGGCAUUGUUGACUGGUCUGAUGAGUCAAUCGAUUGGUUUAAAGCGACAAUAUCUUCAGAGCAUUUCUUUACUGGCUACAUCCAUCACGCACACAUUGAUGGAGGCUGUUUGCCGAUCGACCUUUACACCGGUGAGCAGCCAGUCAAAGGGACUGCUGCAGCAUUGCCUCCGAUUGAUGACAAUGUUGGUUGUAUGAUGUUAAUGGUAAACAUGGCGAGUCCUUUCUCUGCUACUCCGUCGCAUUUGCGCACGCAUUACAAGAAAAUUGACAGCAUAAGUUAUAAGCCAAUUGUUUCUGAGAAUGAGUUUCAAGAAGAGGAAGAAGAAAAGCCACAGAAUCUGCGAACUGAAACAAGCUGCAGAGAUACGGAAACUUUUCAGUCGGUAGAAAAUAAUCAGUCUCCUGAUAUCAAGGAACCUUGUAAUGUGGAAUUGUUAGCAAGAGAUGUAGAGAGGAUAGCUUUAGCGGAGGCCACUGUAUUCAAACAAUCAGUGGAUAAAAAACUUGGCAAGAAGGAAAGUCAAGUAAAGAAUAAGCCAGUGGAAACUGCGAAGAGUGACGUCACAAGGACUUGUGCUUCUGAAGCAAAAAUCAGUCCACAAGAUUUGCCUAGAAUAGAACAACCUCCUGCGCAAAAUGCCACUUUUGAGAAUAAGUACAAAGAAAAGACUUUUGAUGUUGGUCAAGAAGGGUUUUGCCCCGUUAUAGUUUCAAGCGUGAAUGAUCCAUCGCUGUUCUAUGUUCACCUAAUCACCCCUGACGUGGCUUUGUUUGGCACAAUGAUGGAUAAACUAAACAGUGUUUACUCAAUUACAGAAUUCAAAGUUCCAGAAGAACAUCUAAACAUUGGCAAUGCUGUCGUGGUCAGGUUCUCGGAGGACGGAAAGUGGUAUCGGGGAGUGAUCAAGCAUCUACGUAUACCACAAACUGGCAUCGAUUCUGCAAGCGGUACUGGUUCUUUGGCAUGCCAGUUCGAGUAUGAAAUACUACAUGUUGAUUAUGGAAGUUUUGAGUGGGUGAAACAUGCUGAGGUCUGCCCAGUCAUUGAAGAAUUCUUCGAAUUGCCAAUGGAAACACUUCCUUGUUGUAUGGCCGACAUCGAACCAAUGGAAAUAUCACGUGAUGUAAAUGUCCCAUCAUCAUCUGCAUCAAAUGGCAUUGCCAAUGACCGAAAAAGAACCUUUUCUCGGGAGAUGAAGUCGAAAAUAAAGAAUAGGAAGGAUAGGAAAAGUUCUCAUGAGCUUAUUGAAGUGGCAGCUGGGGAUGAAAUGUUUGAUGAUGCCUUUUACACGAAAGAACUGCAAGUGAAAUGGUCAGAAAAGGCCAUUGAAAGGUUCAGAGAGCUUACAUUGGAUGGUCAGCUGAGAAUUGCGAGUCUUAAGGACAAUGUUAGCAAGCAUUUACCAGAAGAUCCGUGGGCAGUUUGCUUGUACAACACAAAUGAUGACGCAGAUGUCUUCAUAAAUCAGGUUCUGGUUGACGAGGGUUUGGCUGUGUCCCAUGUUUAUACUAAAGCAACCGAAGAAAAAGUUUACAAAAAAGCAACAAGAAAAGUCGUCGUGACAGAACAAGAGCUGGAGACAGCGCUUGAAAGAAGCAAGGAUGAACAGUCACCAACUUCUCCAGUUAGUCCAACAAACUUAUUGAUGAAUAAAUGGAAUCCAAUGGAAGAGGCCUUCCAUUCUUACAGAAACGCGUACACAAUCGACAUCGAUGACCCUGGUUUGGCUACAACCGGAAACGUGGAGCCAGCGAGAAACAUUUGCCGAAGUUUUUUGUCUCGCGCUGGGUGCCGAAGAGGGGCAUCUUGUCAUUUCGAACAUGCACGGCCAAGUGACCCUUCUAGGAUGAAACACGAGGCAUUUUGUACCACCGUUACUGAAGAGCAAAUGUCUCGCUUACUACCAGAGUUUGGAGAAUUUGUUCUUGUGAAAGUCACUGUCGUCAUUUCACCAUUAAAGUUCUACGUUCGGUUGCCAUUUGGUCGUAAACCAUUUGGAAACAUUCUCAAAGCUGCUUCAUUUACCAGAGAAUGUAAUGAAGUUGACGAACUUUUUGAGCUCCGUGAGAAAAUGAACAAAAUGUAUGCAAGUAUGCCAUACAAAAGAUCUGAUAUUGUGGUGUUCUUGGAGGGGGAGCUCAUAGCAACUAAAUACGCUCAUGACGGACAUUGGUACAGAGCACGUAUAACCAAAGUAUUGGAAAGAGAGUAUGAGGUGUUUUACAUUGAUUAUGGUAAUGUUGAAGUGGUGCAAGAAAAGCAAAUCAGAAAACUGAUACCAGAAUUUUUGUUUGUGGACCCACAAGCAAUGGAGGUUUCUUUGUCAGGAGUUGAGAUGAACGAGAAUGUUGAUGGGAAAGGAUAUACAGUGGAGGAAACUUUGGAGUGUUUGAAGGAAAUGCUUGGCGAUGGUGUGGCUAUAGCCCGGGUUAUGUCAAGAUGGAUAAAUGGGACCCUGCAGAUCGAGCUGUUUGACAAGAAGACAAAUGUGAACAUAGGCAAGGAGAUGAUUCAAAUGGGAUAUUUUCAGCCCAUAUCAACCAAGAAGGCGUUGAGCACCGCAAAGCCAAUUAAAUUUAGCUCUGCUAAUCCUCGUAUGAUUCCAGCGUAAUCCUGGAUUGUUUGUAAAUGAAAUGAUCAGAUCUAGCUGUGACUCUGAUAAUCAUUCAAUUUCCAAUUACAAUAUCAAGUAUCAAAUCGUAACAGAGUAUAUCCCCCAAGAAAUUUGGCUUUUUGAUAAGUUUCUCUUACAGAACAUAAAGCACUUGAUACGUCAUAAGGGGUUGAUUGUGUUACAUUUAGAUGUUGAAAUGGGAGUAAAUCUAAUGAGGUUCCCGUUUCACCAGUACUUUUUUGUUUUUGUUGAUUGACUAGCAACAUUUCAGUUAUGUUCUACUGUGUUUUUGUUUAUUUUUCAUUAAAAUGAUUUCAUUUUGUAAAUUAACUGUAAAUACUAUUAAACUUCUCCCAAAUUUCUUUUUAAGAUUAGUCAAAUUAUAGUAUCUGUGUAUAAGAGACACUUAAAAGAACUUGCUCGUGUUACCUGACCUGGUCUUAUCGACCGCCAGGUCAUAUUUUAACAUAAGCCAUUAUGUUAAAAUAUUUCGGUUUGCAGUAAAAAGGAAAUAUCUAUAUAGGGUUUUAUUAAAAAAUCCAUAGUCAACCAUGUUAGGAUAUUUUUUAGCUUACUUACUUUUUGAGCUAAGAGUUUUAGUUUCUAACGUACCUCAUUGAUGUACUAAAGCACCGAAUAUUUGAAUAGGCACCUAGGCAAGUCAGUUUUGCAAAACUUGGGUGCUAAUACAGAUUUUAAUUUACUCUAAUACAAAUUUUUUGUUAUUUCUACGCUAGUCAAAAAUUAGGUGGUAUUGUUGAUUUUUUAUCACAGCUACGAUUUGAUUUGAUUUUCUCUGAUUUGAAACUGAUUUUCUCUGAAAUCUUAAGCUUGUCCUUAAGCUGGCAAAAUCAUGUUGAACUCAAAGAUUUAAUUUGUUAUUCUAUUUUUAAAUAUUUACCCUAGAAUACAAUUCAGUUUU